AUAAAGUUUUCGUUAGCUUUUUUGUAGGAUACAAAAUGUCACACACAUGAUCACUUUAGGAAUUAAUCAAGGAUGAUCUAUACUGUUUUCGUAUAUGUUAAAGCUCACCGAAUAGAGCGAUUAGAAAAACUGACUGAUCAUCAUGAAACGUGCAAGUCAACAGAUGGAAAGUUGCUUGGUAAACUCAAAACCAGGUGUUGUGACAACAGGAUCAACUAUUUUUAGGCAGGGCAGUCUGUCAGACACAUCAUCAGCUGUGGCUAUAAACUGCAUGGUCAUGACCUUAAUCAUGAAACAACUUACUUCUAGUAGCCCAUAUUUAGCUGGACAGCCGUGGCCUGGGUGACCUCGUACUAAAUUGAAUGUCCUUGUGCAAAUUGGGACUUUUUUAAACCUUGGUUGGAAUCUAGGCAAAUGUGUAAAUGGCAUUGAUUCUGUCUGAUCUUGUUUCUGUGUGUCCCGGUUUCUUUAUUAUACUCUCCAUAUGUUUUUUUCUUGUGUAUAGAGAGAAAUUAUGUACGUGACCAGAUAAAUUCCAGUUCUCACAUUCAAGACUCCCUUAAGUUAUAGUUUUCAUAGACUUCUUUGUUAACACUGUCAUUAAUCUAAUAUGAUAAACUGGGGAUGAUAAGCUGCUAUGUUUGUUCCGUCACAGUAACAGGAAAAUGCUGGAUUAUGUUGCAAUGAUCACGAUCCAAGUUCACCUGGUGCAGCGUCACCAGGUGAUACUGGAAUGUUCCAGGUUACACACUAGUUAGAGAUUUAAAGAACUGCAGGGCAGCUUAUCUUUAAAGUUCGUCACACACAUGCUGCCAGGCGCUAUGUUAGAGAUUGUAAAUGCUGUAUUUCAUUUUGUGUGUUCUCUUGGUGUUUUUAGUGCUGUUUUAGUAUGGAUUACCAGGAACCAGCAUAGAGGCCAAGCAAACCAUUCUUUUCUCAUAAUUAAAGAUCUGUGUCAGUGUAAACUGAAAUAAAUCAAGAGCACUCCUCAGAUGGGGGUCUGUGGCUGCACGGGUUUCUAUUCUCGGGUUAUGAUAUGAUACAGCUUCUCAAGUUUUUUUUUAUUGUAUCUGGGUCACAACAUUUCCAUAUCCCACCCCUUCAGCACCCUGUCAUAUGACUCCCAACUUGUGAUCCACUUAGUCACAGUCUUCCAACACACACACACACACAUAGCUGGAUGAACUAGUUCAGUCACUGAGGAAUGUGUUUGUGCAAGUCUGCUGUACUUUGCCCUGCCCUAUGCUUAGAAUCACUGGCUCUCACACUGUUCCAGGAAAAAGUAGCCUUUCAGUAAAGAGACUUUGUUGAGUACUGUGAAAGCUGUUAUCACAUGAAAUAAAACUGUCUGUGGAUCAGGGCAACAACCUUGAAACAGGCUGAUCUUGUCAGGGAUACCCACAUUUGAAUUCAAAUGCCUUUUUCCACCAUGACACUGAUACAAUAGGCAUGCGUGACCAAAGGGUGGUUGGAACCGCUUUGGGUGGGACGUGCAAUUCUACAAUGGAUGUUGUCAAACAUACAGGUGGCUGCCACUGUGGAGCCGUGAGGUUCGAAGUCUGGUGUAGCCAAGACCUCCAUGUUUUUCACUGCGACUGUAGCAUUUGCACAAAGAAACAAAACCAUCACUUCAUUGUUCCAAAGAAUAACUUCACACUCUUACAGGGUUUGGAUAAUCUAACUACAUACAGUUUUAACACACACAUUGCUAAACACACCUUCUGUAAAACCUGUGGGGUUCAAAGUUUCUACACGCCACGCUCCAACCCUGAUGGAUAUGGCAUUGCUCCACACUGUCUGGAUCCAGGUACUGUGCGUAGUGUCACAGUGGAGACAUUUUGUGGGAAGAAGUGGGAAGAAAGCAUGAAAGCUCACAAAAGCAUCAGAGACAUGUCUCAGCCUGCAGGAGAAACACACUAA